AUGGACGUCAAUGUCUCACUAACAUAUAGGGGAGAGCUCAGAGUGUGGCGUAAGAACCACACAGGUUGGCAUUGGAACACCUCUGCCUCCACCACACCACUGCUGUCACAGCCUACUGUGGAUGUUUUCAAGUGCUCCCUCAAUGACAGCAUGCAGAAUAUUCCGUCCUCUGUCCCACCUGCCCACCGUAACUUCCUCAUGUAUAAACACUGCAGGACAUUCCCCCGCCUGCUGUCUCCAACACCCUGUGAGAAUGACCUUUUUCUCCUGCUGGCCAUUAAGUCCACAGCCAUCCAGGUGGAUCGCAGGAUUGCGCUCCGGAGCACUUGGGGGAAGAGGGGAUAUGUUCAGGGUAAAAGGGUGAAACUGUUGUUCUUAGUAGGUAAGUCGUUAGACAGAAUACAGGGAUUCCUGCUGCAGCAGCUACUGGACAUCCUGCAAUGGGAUUUUGAGGACAGUUUUUUCAACCUGACCCUGAAGGAGGUCCACUUCCUGAACUGGUUCACCUUGGAGUGCCAGUGGGCCCACUUUGUGUUCAAAGGGGACGAUGACGUUUUUGUUCACACAAGCAAUCUGGUUGAAUAUGUUAAAGGCCACAAGCCCUCUGAGCAACUCUUCGCUGGUGACAUAAUUUCAAGAGCCUAUCCAAUCCGGCACAACCAAUGGAAGUACUUCAUACCAGAGGAGAUGUACCCCAACAAGCCAUAUCCUCCAUACGCUGGCGGUGGGGGCUACCUGAUGUCACGUCAGACUGUGCUGAGCCUGGGAAUAGCAGUGUCCAGCACUGACCUCUUCCCCAUUGAUGAUGUCUUUGUGGGCAUGUGCCUGCAGAAGAUUAAUGUGACGCUGACACACCACUCUGGCUUCAGAACCUUUGGGUUCCAUCAGGUGGUGUCACAUUUCAACCCCUGCAUUUACAGGGAGAUCAUGCUGGUGCACAAACUGAAUCCCACCGAGAUGUGGACCAUGUGGUCUCUACUGCAGGACACAAAGCUGAAGUGCUUUAGAUUAAGGAUAUGA